CACUGCCCGAGUACAAGUGCCAAAAGAGCUCAAAAGCCAAAAAAAGAAGAGAACAAGACACCAAAGAGACAAUUAAGGAUACCAAAACCACUGAGAAACAAACGCAAAUGCGUUUCACAAUGGGUCUGAAUCUCCUCCUCUUGGUAGCCAUGGUGGCCACCAACAUUCUCUCUCUCUACCAUCUCUCCUCCACCCUCCAAUCCAAACCCCCAGCUCCAGCUCCAGUCCCAGACCACCUCCUCCACCAGCUCUCCACUAUACGCGCCACCAUUAACCACCUCACGCGCCUCCAACCCACCACAAACACUAACCCCACCACCAGUAAAAAACCCACCAUCCCAUCUGACCUCCUACUCUACACUCACAUCUCUCCAGUAGCCUCCUCCUGCCGUGACUACCCUGAUCUCCUCCACCAGUACAUGAACUACACCCCUUUCUCUCUUUGUCCUCUCGACUCUGCCCUUGCUGAAUCCCUCAUCCUCCGCGGCUGCCACCCCCUCCCUCGCCGCCGUUGCUUCUCCAGAACCACCGCAAAGCUCCCCACCUCCCUCCCCACAAACCCAUUUAGUCCCCUCCCAGAUAAUGCCCAUUUAUGGAACAUUUACACUUGCAAAAGCUUCACUUGCCUCUCUAGACUCAACCCUGAACUGGGUUUCGACAUGAAAGCAGAGAAGAGCAAGUUCACGACAUAUAAGACAGAUCUGGAUCUACCCAUCCAACAACUGAUUCAAAUUUCAAAAUCAGCCAAUUCUGUUCUUCGAUUAGCUCUUGAUAUUGGGGGUGGGACAGGGACUUUUGCAGCCCAAAUGAAGGAACAAAAUGUGACAGUUAUUACCACGACUAUGAAUUUGGGUGCACCAUAUAAUGAAGCUGUAGCUUUGAGAGGAUUGGUGCCACUUCAUGUGCCAUUACAGCAGAGAUUGCCUGUGUUUGAUGGGGUGUUGGAUCUAGUGAGGUGUGGGCAUGCUGUGAAUAGGUGGAUACCAGUGACUGCAAUGGAGUUCUUGUUUUAUGAUGUUGAUAGAGUCUUGAGAGGUGGUGGGUACUUUUGGUUGGACCAUUUCUUCAGCAAGAGGGUGGAUCUUGAGAAAGUUUAUGCACCACUGAUUGGGAAGUUGGGUUACAAGAAGGUGAAGUGGGCAGUGGGAAAUAAGAUGGAUUCGAGUGGGGUGAAGAAUGGUGAGGCUUAUUUGACUGCUCUUUUACAGAAGCCAGUGUCUAGAUGAGGCUCUAAUUGAGGGUAUCGCUUCAAAUCUUCACCACUUGGAUGACAAGAAACUUAGGUGGUGGAAGCAAACUGUACUCAUACAUUACUGUGGGUUGGUCUUUUAGCUUGCUUCCAACAACAUGAAGGUUCCUAAAGUGGGAAAACUAUGGGGUUGGUAGCAAGUGUUUGAAUCAUGGCUGAUCUUGGACAUAUUAUCAUAAAGAAGGGAAAUUUUUGUUGCUUAUCUUUUUUCCAUUUUGACUUGUUAGAUAAUGUUAUUGUAGUUUUAGUCCGGAAACAAGUGUGUAAAAUUUAUUUUUAUUAAUUGAAUAAAAUCUACGGCGCAAAACAUGAAGUGAUUAUUGCAAACAUCCUCCUUGUACCUUGGUGUAGAUGCAUAGGACCCUCCUCUACUUCAACCUUUUGAUGAAAUGCCUGAAAUGAAUAUUGUAUUAUGGAUAAAUGUGAUUUCAGGGUCUAGAUAUGUCCAUUUCUUGUUAG